AUGGACUCGCUAAAUUACGCUCCUAUAUCUCGCAUUUUGGCAUUUGUUUUUGUCUUCUCGUCCUUCUUUUUCCGUACCUCGCUCGGCACCGAGUUGACGUUCGUCACUUGCGGCUCGGUGCUGAAACUUUUAAACAUCAAACACAACGUGAGACUUCACUCGCAUGACGUCCGCUACGGCUCAGGAAGUGGUCAGCAGUCGGUGACGGGCGUUACUAGCGCGGAGGACAGCAACAGCUACUGGCGCGUCCGUGGUACACGUGACGCCACCUGCCUUCGGGGAAGCGCCAUCAAGUGUGGACAAAACAUCCGACUGACACACGUCAACACUGGACGCAACCUGCACAGCCAUUACUUCAGCUCGCCACUAACCUCCAACCAGGAAGUGAGCGCAUUUGGCGAGGAGGGUGAAGGCGACCACCUAGAUGAGUGGACAGUGGAGUGCGGGGGCGCGUUGUGGGAGCGCGCCGCGGCCAUUCGCUUUCGCCACAAAGCCACUGAGGCAUCGCUGGCCGUCACGGGCGAGCAGUACGGCCGGCCCAUCAGCGGCCAGUACGAGGUCCACGCGGCUGUCGGCGCCGGCCAGCACGGCUUGUGGAGAGCGGCGGAGGGUGUCUUCGUCAAGCCCGAUGACGGUCCUCACGCCGUCCAGCGGGACGCAGGUUACGCGCAUACGGAGUUCUGA